AUGGAGCCGUAUGUCCAAGAGCCCGAGGGGCACGUACGUGAACUAAAGUACUUGGACCUCGGCGUGAACAAGUACGGUGGUGAUGGCGCCGGGACCAGCUAUGAGAAGGCGAGAGUUUGGAGUGAGGCGUACUUCAAGGAUAACUUUGAGAGGCUUGCGGCGGUGAAAUUCAGAUGCCUGAGGCCUGACCUCAUCUACGCCCAUGACCCCUCUGCAAUGGCACAUCUACUGCAUGGUGUGAUUGUGAUCUGUGCAAUGGGUGCAAAGUGGAAGGGGCUAUCGUUCCGUUCAGCAGGGGCUGCAGCUUCUACGGCUGUGAGCCCGACCCGCAUCGAUAGCAGCAGAUUCAGAUGGUUUAUGCACAUUCAUUCAUUCGCUUACCAAAUUGAUUCGAAUUUUGAGAACCGCAAGUCUUUCACUUUGCACGGUAGAUAA